AUGACUUACCUUUACAUGAGAUUAAUCUGUGUUUCCCUGGUGGUCAUGGGAGCCCUGUGGUGUUACCUUAACCCGGAAAAUGUGAAACCUUCCAAAGUCACUCCAGUGUUUUCCAAGAGAGCAAGUGGGGCCUUCCUGCAGCUCCCCGACUCGGCCUGCGAGCGGAACGCCCCCUUCCUGGUCCUGCUGGUGACGUCGGCCCCCCAGCAGGCGGCUGCUCGCAGCGCCAUCCGGAGCACAUGGGGGAGGGAGCGCACGGUCCGGGGAAAGCGGGUCCGGGCGCUCUUCCUCCUGGGCGCCACCCCCAGCCGGGACCUGGCCCGGGCGGUGGCCCGGGAAGGCCAGCAGCAUCGCGACACCGUGCAGAAGGACUUCCUGGACACUUAUGACAACUUGACCCUGAAGACCAUGAUGGGCAUGGAGUGGGUCCACCGCUACUGUCCCCAGGCCGCUUUCGCCAUGAAGACAGACUCUGACAUGUUCAUCAACGUCGACUACCUGGUGGAGCUGCUCCUGAAGAAGAACCAGACCUCGCGCUUCUUCACUGGCCUCCUCUAUAAAAACUCCCUGCCUGUCCGGAGAAGAUCCAAUAAAUGGUUUCUUAGCAGAGAAGAAUAUCAGUGGGGAACAUUCCCGACCUACUGCGACGGCACCGGCUACGUGUUCUCCAGCGAUGUGGCCAGCCUGGUGUAUCAUGUUUCUGAAAGUGUCCGUUUCAUUAGGCUGGAAGAUGUCUUUGUGGGUCUCUGCCUCCAAAAGCUCAAAAUCCGCCCUCGGCAGCUUCACACAGUACAGACCUUCUUUCCAAAAGGCCUACCCUUUUCCGUGUGUCGUUACAGGAAGAUCGUCUCCAGCCACCACAUCAAGCCUCAGGAGAUGAGGCUCUAUUGGUACGGUCUAGAGAGUUCCCGGGGAGAGGAGUGUCCAGGCUAUUGA